AUGAAUCCGCGUUCUCGUCGUAGAAAACAUACCAUCUCCCAGCUCAACCUUAUGGUGGUAGGCUUUAAAGCCCUGGGCAAGACUUCGUUUAUCCGUAUGCUUGCCGACACUCUUCACAAUCGGCAACACGAUAAGGACGAACUUCCCCCUGCUGUCUUCGAAGUAUGCCAAUCGCCUGAGGAUGUUGGCACGAAGGAAUUGUAUUCCUUCACAACGGAAGUUGAGGAAGAGGGAGAGAAGAUUUCAUUGACCUUGGUAGAUACUCCCGGGUUUGUAAAGGAUAACGAAUUGAGAUUGGACGUGCAGGUCACGGAAGUUUUGCGAUAUAUCGAAGCUCAAUUUGACCAGACUUUGGCCGAGGAAACGAAAGUAAAGCGCAACCCACGAGCAGUCGACAGUCAGAUUCACGCAUGUGUCUACUUUAUCGACAAUGCCAACAAUGGCCUAUCUGAUAAAGACAUUCGCAUUCUCAAACGAAUCACCGCACGCGUUAAUGUGCUCCCUGUCGUAGCCAAAGCCGACUUGCUAACUACCACACAACUCGCCAAAUUGAAGCAGGCCAUCACCAAUGAUCUCAAAACGCAUCAAAUACCUGUUUUCGCCUUUACCGCAGAGGACGAUGAAGAUGUCGAAUCUGAAAUAGUCGAAGAUAUCGAAAAACUUCAGAAAUUGCUCCCGUUCUCGGUCAUUGCACCCGAGGAUGCUGAAAUUACUGAUCCGUCAACAGGACAAAUAAUCCGCGGAAGACAAUACGCCUGGGGCGUUAUCGAUUGCCUAAACUCAAAACAUUGCGACUUUGUUGUUUUGAAGAACGUGUUGAUGAACACGCACCGUAGAUUAUUUAAAGCAAUGACUUUGGAAGUGUUUUAUGAGCAAUAUCGCACAGAGAGGCUAUUGGCCAGAAAGGCGAGUAGGAUGAUCUCGAAGGAACAGAAAAAGAAAUUGUUGGACGAUCUGUCUGAGAUUUGA